GGAGAAAAUCUUCCAUUGGGAGUCCACAGUUCAGUUCCCUUCUCUGUGCCGCUUCCAUUGUCAUCGUCGCCGGCCGAUUUCCCGACUUCUGUCGCCAAAUCGGAGAACUCUUUGUGAUUCCGGGAUGUUCGAGCCGCAAAACUUUAUGGAUUUGCAGGACAAUUCGGGCUUCGGGGAACCGAAGUCGUGGCUUUCGGUGGAAGCCGGCGAUGCCGGCGGCGUCAGCUCCGGCUCCGGCAGAAGUCUGGAUCGCGUCCUCUUCAACGAUCUCGUCGAGAUCGUCCCGCUUGUUCAGUCCCUCAUCGAUCGGAAAACGAGCACUUCCUAUACACGGCGAGGCUCGAUGGUUUACACCAAGACACCUUCCAGAGAAUCGCUGUCUCGGAAAGUCUUGGAAUCGAAGGGGAGAAAUGCAGCUCAAUCAAUGCCCAAUAAAAAGAAAAGGGACCACGGGGACAAAGAACAGGGUAAGAAUGGGAGCGGCAAUGACCAAGAAGAUGGUGAUAACUUCUUGGCCUUUUCAUCAAGGGGUCCAGCAAUGGAGAAAGAAAGAGAAGAGUUACUUCUCCUGAGAGGGCAGUUGGAGGAACUCCAGACACAGCUGUCUGAGAAAGACGACCUUCUUAAAUCGGCAGCAAUUACACAGACUAAGUUAGAGACCCAGCUCGAAGAACUGAAACGCGCGUCUGCCGACAAGGACUCGUUCAUUAAGUCCAUCCAACUGCAACUAUCCGAUGCAAAGAUUAAGCUAGCAGACAGGCAAGCUGCUCUGGAAAAGACACAGUGGGAAGCAAUGACAUCGGGAAAAAGAAUGGAAAAGCUUCAAGAAGAGCUCAGUAACGUGCAGGGAGAAGUUUCAUUGAUCAUGUCGCUAUUUGAAGGUCUGAAAGAGAACGAUUCUACUGUAUACAGGGAGGACUACGACAUCACACCUUACUGCGUGCAUGAGUCUUCUUUGAUCGAUGACUUAGAUACUGUGGGGAUACAUAGAAUGGAGGAAGCGAGACUAGCAUAUAUUGCUGCUGUUGCCGCUGCUAAAGAGAGGCAAGAUGAAGAAUCCAUGGCUAUUGCUGCUAAAGCAAGGUUACAUCUUCAGUCGUUCAUCUUCGGAGCUGAAUGUUAAUUUGAAGAUUCCAUGGUCUGGCAGAGCUCUUUGCAAGUACGUUAGGGGUCUCGUGUAAUCUUCUCUUGUCAUGUUUAUGUUUUAUUUUCUACUCUGUGUCUGCUGUACCUACUGUCGAUCAUCUUUUUGUUCAUUACCCCAUGGGGAACCAGCUAUAUACAUAUUUGAGUGUGUAUAUCUUUCGUUUUCAAAUGCUUGAUGCCAAUCUUUUCAACUUCUUGUUACUAACCCCGGGCUCUUGGCUUGUAAUACAAGGAGCAAUCUUUGUGUAUCAA